CUCUGCGUCGUCUCCUGCGCCUGGAAGCGUCUCCUUCCUCAUUUCCGAAGCUCAGAAGCUCACCGGAGAGAAGCCAUGGCCACCGCUCUGCAAGUGACGAUGAGCUCUCUAGCUCCGUCUUCAUCUUCACCUUCCACCAGGAGAAGAACUCUCUGCUGCGCCGUCAACUCUAAGAACUCCGCGAAGAUUCCGAUUCCUCCGAUAAACCCUAAGGACCCCUUCCUGUCCAAGUUAGCAUCGGUCGCGGCGACCUCACCGGAAACGUUGCUUAACCGCCCCGUGAGCUCGGAUACGCCGCCGUACCUGGACCUGUUCGAUUCUCCGAAGCUCAUGGCUACUCCUGCUCAAGUGGAAAGGUCAGUUUCGUACAAUGAGCACAGACCGAGGCGGCCUCCACCGGACUUGCCCUCGCUGCUUCUUCAUGGAAGAAUUGUAUAUAUUGGGAUGCCGUUGGUUCCUGCAGUCACAGAGCUCGUAAUCGCGGAACUGAUGUAUCUGCAAUGGAUGGACCCCAAAGAACCCAUAUAUAUAUAUAUAAAUUCUACUGGAACAACUCGGGAUGACGGUGAAACGGUUGGGAUGGAGACAGAGGGUUUUGCCAUUUAUGAUGCGCUGAUGCAGCUGAAAAAUGAGAUACAUACAGUUGCUGUGGGCGCUGCCAUAGGGCAUGCUUGUCUAUUACUUGCUUCUGGAACUAAAGACAAAAGGUUUAUGAUGCCUCAUGCCAAAGCCAUGAUACAGCAACCUCGAGUACCUUCAUCUGGGUUGAUGCCUGCAAGUGACGUUCUAAUCCGUGCAAAAGAGGUCAUUACAAACAGGGACACCCUAGUAAAACUCAUAGCCAAACACACUGGCAAUUCAGAAGAGUCGGUGGCCACAGUCAUGAAAAGACCAUUUUAUAUGGAUUCCACGAAAGCGAAAGAGUUUGGUGUCAUUGAUAAGAUUCUUUGGCGUGGUCAGGAGAAAAUUAUGUCGGAUGCAGCAUCUCCCGAGGAUUGGGACCGGAAUGCUGGCAUCAAAGUUGUAGAUGGGAUUUAACCUUACCAUAGUUGAGGCAUGUACUUGUAUGAAUUUGAUAAGGCGUGGGGACUAUCGAUGCAUAAACUGUUGGAAAAAAUAAAGACCAAUGGAAUUUUAUGAGGUGGUGGUGCUAUUGCACAGGCGGCUAGACGAGACAGCCUUCUUACGCACAACACGGAGACGGGAAGUUAUAUGAAGAAGGAUAACAAAUGCUUAAACCGAAUACUAUUUAUCCAUUCCUAGUCUUUGCAUCAUCUAAAAAUAUGUCGAGUCUGUCUCCCCAUGUUACAAGUUUAGUUGCACAUGAAUGUAAUUUUAUUAUUAGUUCUCCCGAUAUACUGGCUUGAAUCAGGUCCAUUCUUUUUACUACUGCUCUGAUAACAAUGAGAUAAUGUUCUUUUGACAUUGUCUGAAUUAGCAAUAUGGAUUUCUCCAUGUUAUAA